AUGAUCUCGGACAGAGCAGGAUGCUCAACAAUUGAAACUCCACGCUCCGACCCCUCGCUCCCAAAUGCCAUUUCUCCUAAAACCGCCGCCCGUUCACUCUCUCGGUCGUCCUCCGUCGUCGGAGCCCCGACCCCAGAUGGGACCGCCUUCAGGACGCAGCUCAGGUUGCGGCGGCCGCCGUUCUUGGGCCUGCUUCGCGACGGCAGGAAACAGGAGGAAGCUAGAAAAGCAUUAGAAAUCGCUCUUGGAGAAAAGAAAACAGAGUUUGAGAAAUGGAAUAAAGAAAUUGAAAAGAGGGAGGAGAGAGGUGGUGGAGGUACCUCUGGCGGAGGAGGGUGGUUUGGUGGAGGAGGAUGGUUCGGCUGGUUCGGUGGAGAUCAUUUCUGGGAAGAGUCACAGCAAGCAAUCAUUACCAUUGUCGGCAUCAUUUCAUUGUACCUCUUGCUUGCAAAGGGAGGCGUCAUGUUUGCUAUAGUCUCCAAUUCGAUUCUGUUCGUGUUACGAGGUAUGAGAAAUUGGUUCACAUUUGUAUUGUCCAAAAUCUCCAAACAGAGCUCUCUGUCUGGUUCUAGAGUGGAAUCAGUUACAACAGCAUACCCUGUAAUGAUGUCUGCCAAAGAACGAGUUGUGAAAAAAUGGGGGAUCGAUUAAAGAACAUCAAUAAACUAAUUUUGCUUUGGUUAUGGAAGGACUGGCCUUUUGGUCAUGCAUCGCUUGAUUUUUUGGAUGUCAGUAACUUUCGGGGAAUUGGACUGAGUUUCAUAGUUCUGCAAGGUUAUGUAUUUAGUAUGCUAAAGAAGUUAGAGAAGCAUAUGCUUGCUUAAUUUUUCGGAGAUAACUCAAGGAUUAGGAGGUGUGGUUUCUCUGUGUCAUGUUUUUUUUUAAAUGUUCUGGACGAUAUCUGUACAAUUGAUUCAUUCAUGGAAAAAGAAAAUCAUGUACUUGAAUCUUUAUUUAUGCAAAAAAAAGUUUGUUAAAUCUUUUCAACAA